AUGGCGGAAACUCGUGAGGAGGAGGGGCUCUUGUUACUGAGGAAACUAGAAUCAAAACAAGUGUCAUCAGUCUUGCACACAUUAGUAGAUGGAGUGUGCCAUCGCUGCCAACCAUCUUACCAGGAUUACAGUGAGGUAUGGAGCCUACAGCAAUGGUGGAAUGUGGUAGAUGCUUACCAGUCCCUCAUCAAAGCAGCAGUCAGAGAUGCCUUGACAAAAGAUAUGAUAUAUCAAGAAUUAGGAUCCUUAUCAGAAGACUUAAAACAGGUGGUUUUGGAUGUUAUUAACUCACGUCGAGAUGAAGUUCAAAAUCAACUUCUUGGAGAGACUCAUAACAUCUCACAAGCUGUCCUUAGUGAUUUUGAUUGGAAAGUUAAGUUGAUCAUGUCCAGUGACAAGAUUUCCUCAGUCCAGGAACCAGUUGUCUCCCUUGACCUGGAUGUUGGUGCGGGCCAAGACAGUAAGAUACAUUCCAUAGAGCUUAAUCAAGAUGAGCUUGGAAAGCUUAUCUCCAGUCUGGAAGGUGCUAACAAGGUGGUUCAACAAUUGAAAGCAUGACACCAAGGAAUGAUUUCUACUUAAUACUAGAAAUUGUUGAUGUAAGGAUGAAGAUGAUGAUUUUGUUACUAAGACUGCACAAUGUUUGCUGAUUGAUGGGUCCAGAUUACCAGCUAUACAAAUAUAAUUUAUUAUAAUGUACAAGUGUGAUUUACAAUAUUGGGAUACAUAAACUUUAAUAGCUAUGGGCAUAUGAUUAAAUGAUGGGGUCUCACAUUACUCUUCAUCAUCAGGGUAAUGUGACUUGUGGUCAAUAAUUAUAAGGGUAUAAGCUAGAACUGGAAUCAAUUGUUAAUAAAACUAUGAUUUUUUUUUCAACAUCUCUUUUGUCCAACAACAUGUAUAACCUUAUCCCAAUUCAUUAGGGGGACAAAUUACUCCUCUGUUACAUGCACAUUGUUCUUUUUUAUGCUUGUUAGCAAAAUGAUACUCCAACUAUUUGUGAGAUCAGUUUUUGCUGAUGUUGGUUCAAAUAUAUGAGUUUUGAAGUCAGAGUGAUAAGUUGACUCUACCGUAUUUCUUCGAAAGAUAUAUCAUAUUUAAACUUCGUAGCCAAAUUUUGAGUUUGUAACUUAAUGCCUUGACAAGUAACAUGUUUAGGUACAAAGUUAUAAUAUUUGUUAAAAAGAAUAAACUAACUGAUUUUAAGAAACUUCAAGAGUGUGCCAUGAUUUUUUGCUAUGAAAAUGGCGGUCAGCCAUAUCAUUAACACCCCCACCCACCCACCCACCCCUCCCCCACCACCCCCUCCAUUUUUUUUAAAUUUCAUAAUCAGUAAUCACAAUCAGAUUUGGCACAAGAUAUCACAACUUAGGAUUGCUUCCUCCAUAGCAGUAUAUGAUACAAUAUACAUGACAGCAAUAACAAAACAGUUAGAAAAUAUGUAUUAAUAUUUAGAAUAGAAAAUUGGUCAAGCUGUGAAAGUUAAAUGGGAGGAAUAUUUAUAAAUCCUUGUGUUUUCAAUGCCCCUAUAAUUUUAGUAAUAAUAUUCUUAUGUAUAUUAUUUCAUAAUUUGCAUAUUGAUCUUAAUUGUGCAUUGUUUGUCAUCCGUCACUAUAUAAGGUACUUAGUGUUAUACCUAGUAUGUGUAUCAUGU